GAACUGACCCAAAGGCACCUAACAACAAUAACAGGACCUGACCCUGCUGUCCUGGAGAGCUUUGGCCACCCUCACCCCCAGCCCCAGCCCACUCCCUCCUUGGAAGCGUUCAUCAGUCUCAAGUGAACAAGAGUUUACAUAAGACUUCACUAUUCAAACACUCAUCAAAUAUUAAUUGAGCACCUUCUCUGGGCCCAGAGCACCUGCCCACCUCUGGUUCUUAGAAGCCCGCCCACUUGUCCAUGUUCUCUGGCAGCCUAGCAACCAGCAGACACUCCAACCCGAGCCCCAGCCAGGACAGAUGCCAUUUUCCCCCUAACUCCUCACUUCCCUGCACCUCUGAGGACCCACCCUUACAGCGCUUAGGGACCACAGAAAGCCACCUCCAGUCCCCAGAUCCUCCCAGCCCCCUGCGCUGGUCAGCCCCACAGACAGAAUGGACUUCUCUGUCACCUACACCGAGCUGGUCAAUAUCGCCAUCCCACAGGUUGGGGUGGUGAACUUCCAGGCCCUGCACCUGCUGCUGCAGGGCAUACUGGAACACAUCCACCUGGGGGAGCUGAAGAAGGUCCUCUCGGGCAAUGAGGACUUCCUGCAGACCUCGCAGGUGCUGCUCAUACCCCGGGAGGGAGACGCCCAGCCCAUCCCGAGCCCCAUGAAGAGGAUCGGCAACGUCUUUGACCAUGUGUUGAGCCGCAUGGACAAGGUGGAGGCCCAGCUGGCCUCCAUGAAGGAGCUGCCCUCCACCACCCAGCUGUUGGAGGCCAGCCAUGGAAGUGAGAGGCCGGUCAAGGAUCUGUGGAACUUCAUAAAAAUCCGGAAGAUGGCCGAGGGCAAUGCAGAAGCCAUAGCCAAGGUCAUGCAGGUGUUACAGGAGCUGCUCAGCAACCUUAACUCCACCCAGGUCACCGUGGAGAAGCUCAGAACCGAUACGGGCCUACUGAAGGACCAGUUUGAGAAGGUGAACGCAGACAAGUGUGACGCACUCGUUGACGAUCUCAGAAGACAGAACCGCAGGAUGACUUCCCUGCAGCACGAACUGACCGCCAUGCAGAACAAGAUGAGCAGCCUCCCCAAGAGCGAGGAGUUGGUGCUCUGGAGCGGGCUCCACGAGGCCAUGUUCCCUGCAGCGAGCGAGCAGCAGGACACGGAGAUGAAGCCAGAAGGCAGUCUGGAACCCUCCCUGCAGGAGGACACCAUGUUGUACUCGGCUCAGCCACUCCCAGAGGCCCCUGAGCCCCAGAGGGCUGAGUACAUGGAGACCGUGUCUCACCUCAAGCCCUUGCAGCCCAUUCAGGGUGUUGAGACCCUGCAGACCCCAUGGCAUACUGAGGUCCCCGGGACCCUCCUUAACGAAGAGCCUAAACAAGCCAAGCUGCUCCCUGGGGCUCAAGAGCCCCAGCCCACGCUCCAGCCUGCGCCCCAGGUGGAAGGGGCAGAAGCCAGGGCUGUACUGGAGCCCAGCCCAGCAUCUGGACUUGCACCAGCACCCUCUGGGGCUCAAGAGCCCCAGCCAAGGCCUCAGCCUGAGCCCCAGGUAGAAGGGGCAGUAGCUGGGGCUGUACAGGAGCCCAGCCCAGCACCAGGACUUGCACCAGCACCGCGGCCACGGGGAUCCGAGCCUGUCCAGGAGUUACAGCCCACACCUCCUCCAGGCUGGCCCACAGCACCCCCAGGCUGGCCCAUACCUCCCCCAGGUUGGCCCAUACCUCCUCCAGGCUGGCCCACAACACCUCCAGGCUGGCCUACACCUCCUCCAGGCUGGCCCACAACACCCCCCGGCUGGCCCACGCCACCCCCCACAGACUGGCCCACACCUCCUCCAGGCCAGCCCACAGCGCCCCCCACGGACUGGGCCACACCUCCUCCAGGCUGGCCCACAACACCCCCGGGCUGGCCCACACCUCCUCCAGGCUGGCCCACAACACCCCCGGGCUGGCCCACAGGCCCUGGAGCCUGGCCUAUGCCCACCGAAGGCUGGUUUGGAGCAAGCCCUUGGCCGUUCUUGCCCCCAGAUUUUGUGCCCCCUGACUCCGGCCUGUCAGGACUCCUGCAGCCAGGCCACCCCCAGUAUCCCUACUCCAGGGCCCCACCACCUGCCAAGGAGCUGGGCUCAGCAUGGCCCCGUCCUCUCCAGCCUUACAAGUCCCGCCACUCGAGUACUACCCCAUCCCAGGGUGUCAAAGAAAAGGGAGGAGAGCAGUUUGCCUUGGUAGAACCCAAGGACAAGGCCCCCAAGGAGAAGCCCCCCAAGGAGAAGCCCUCCAAGGCUCCCCGGUCUGCCCUCCAACGGAUGAGGACCACCGCUGCCAUUGCCGCCGCUGCUGCUGCUGCCUACGCUGCCGCCGCCAACUCAGCAGCCCAGGCUGCCCAGGCCGCUGCCAAGCGGGUCAAGGACGCCCCUGCCACCAAAAUGGCCUCCUUAGCCUCGGCCACGGCAUCAGCCGGACCCAUGGGAGUGUUCAUGGAUGACCUAGGUGCCGGGACCAGCCGAGGGGCCACCAGCUUUGUGGACAUAAGCGAAGACGUCAAUGAGGACAAUCACUACUACUCCCCUCCACAGUCACUGACCAACCUCCCCUUCCAGCCCUCUCUCUCCAGCUCCUUUCUGCCCACCCAGCAGGCAGUGAGCGCCCAAGACAAGAAGAAGGCGGUGGAGAAGUCCAUGAGCUACAUCGCCACGCUGCCUGCCAGACACGACUCCAUCAAGGAGGAGUUUGCUCAGCUCUACUCCCACCUGCAGCAGCACUUGAACUACAUCGCUAAUGCGGGUGCUUCAGCGAAGCUCGGGAACACAGUGGAUGUGCUGCAGGAGAAGAUGCGUAGCAUCCAGAUGUCCAGGAUGAAGACCAUCCAGGAUCAGAUUAAAAAUCUGCAAGUGAGCAAGAUGGAUAAAAGUGAGGUGGAGCAGGAGUUGAAAGAGAAAGCCGACAGGAUCACCCUGGCCCGCAAGGCAAGCCGGGUCGACCUGGAGACGUUGGCGGUGGAGCUGAAAGAAACAAUGCACGGCCUGCUGCUCAAGUUCACAACCUACGAGGAAGACUGGAAGAAGGCCAUCGAGGAGCUAGCCAAGGUUGUGAGCACAAAGCUAGUCCACAGUGACCUGGACGGCCUGAAGAAAGAGAUGGCCGAGGUCUGGGAGAUGAUCAAGAGGCUCCUGCUCGAGGGUUUCCGCUUCGACCCGGACAGUGCCGCGGGCUUCCGGAAGAAGCUGUUUGAACGUGUGAAAUGCAUCUCCUGCGACCGCCCGGUGGAGAUGACGACCGGCCCACACCUCAUCACCAUCCGCAGAGGCCACCUGCUGUCUCAGCUGCGGCCUGCCAGUGCCAACAGCUACGAGUACCUGCAGCGGGAGCAGAUGAGGGAACAGCAGUACCUGCAGCAUGUGCAGGACCUGGCCCACUCCAGGGGCCCUGUGGACUCCCUGGGCUCCCAGCAGGAGUGGGGAGACGGGCCCAGGAAUGCCUGUCUGUCAACAAUCUACCCCUAUGGGGAUCCCCAGCUGCUGGACUACGACACCGCGGAGGUGGACAUCCUGGGAGUGGACGGGAUUCUGUACAAGGGCCGGAUGCACACCACCAGUGAAGUUCAGCCCGCCCUCAAGGAGCAUGCAGUUGCGAAGGGUCCACGUCCCCCAUCUCGGAACCUGGGUGACCGUGUGCAGAACGGUGCCCUAUUUGGUGCCAUCUACCCCUCUCUGUUCCCACCACUGAGCACAGGCAUACCCACCUUGAGCUCUCAUCUGACCGUGUCGCCCCGGCCACCGUCCCUGCCGCCCCGGCCACCAUCCCUGCCGCUGAUGCCGCUGUUGCCCCGGCUGAUCCCCACACUGCGGGAGCCCCAGCAGGCUCCGGGGUCCGCCAGGCACUGGAAAAGCCUCCGCUUUGAGGUCCGAGGCAACAUCCAGUCCAAGGAAGGACCUGCUGGCCCGUGA